UGGCAGCACGCGUUACAGCAGCACGCAUGACGGAAGUCGUCACUGAACGUCAAUAGCAAAUAUUAUGACGCUUGGGGAAUUUGUUAGCGCUGUGUGUUAGUUUUAUGAUAUAGUUAAUUACACAGCUGCCGUACGCUAGGUUAGUGUGCAGUCAGUUUGCACUGGAAAUCUCUCCAUCAGUCUGAGUGUGGGUCUGACGGCUCGCCGGAAAUGACUUUUACUGGCUUAAAGAAAUCACAUCCGACCUGUGCAUCAUGAGGAUGGAUCGGCGAGUAUUAGUGAUAUAACAUCACACCCUCAACGCCGGAGACGUCCUUUAGCUGGGACUGACAGUUGUAAACGGGAACGCGAUAUAGUCCCUUUAAAAGAUGUUGUCCAAUCCUCCGGCUGAGCAGAAAGGUACAGAGCAGGUGCCUGCGUCUGCGGCUGGUCCAUGCCAUCGUGCUGCUCUUUCUCCACUGUAUCAGGAACAGCUGGCCAUAGGAUGCAGAGAAACCAGCAGGGAGGAAACUGAAUCUGGUGAAAAAACACAACCCUCAGACUUUGAGAAGGGCUUGUUGAAGGAAGUUCGUCUGGAAAAUGAAGGAGCUCCGAGACAGAUGACGUUUGAUCCAAAAAGUAGUAACUUCAGAGUUAAUUCUAGUUCGACUCGCAUACACAUGUGUAAUCAGCAAGAGGCCAAGUUUAGAGAUCAACGAUGGACACCUGCCACCUUCAAUACAUCUCCUCCAGCUGGACCAUCAGGAGAGCAGCUUGGAGUUCUGGAAAGAUUUCUUGUGUCCCAUCAAACUGAGAUGAAGCGUCUGCUGACUGAUACCUUUGGAUCUCUGACCCAGCAUCUUGAGGCAGUGGAGAGGAGGAUGGACCAGCUGUGUUCACAGAGCAGUGCACAUACUCGCAGUUUAGCUCAGCUGCACAGUAAAGUUGGCCAGCUGGGAAGAGACUUGUCCUUUGGCUGUCCAAAUACUCUAAGUGUUUCAUCAGCUUGCAGUCGUGGAGUGCAUGCAGAAGUGCCAAAAGACUACAAAGGAAUCAUUUCAAAUAUCUCCUCUCUAGAAUCUAGGAAGGACUCUGUGUGUUCUUGGGCAAUGUCAACUCCUUUCCAGCCAAGCCAAAUUCCUGAUCAUAAGUCUGAGGACCUAAGCUGUCAAGAUCUAAGUGGAAAUUGUAGCAGCACCAGUUCAUCAUGUGGAAUUCUAAGAACAUGCUGUUCAGGACAAAAAGACAAUUGUUUGCAGAGUAACUACUCGCCCAUUUCAGAUUUUGAAGACCUGGAGAUGGAACUGGAAGCUGAGAAGGACCGAGUCGCGUUAAACUUAUUAGUCGAUUCUGUGCUUAGCAGCUCAGAUGACAAUGGCAGUCGGGGACUUCCUUGUAAUCAAGAAGUACUAUCCUCUGAUAGUGUGGGGAAUAAUAAAACUGGUCAGGAAGGAGAAGACACCUUGAAUAAUCAGUGUUUACAUGUUCCUGAAAACCCUCUGGUGCCUUCCGUUCAGUUUCUCAGAUCUUCAGCUCCUAGUGGCUUAAAGUCAAACACUAAUACAUUUAAUCUUUGUUCAUUUGCAAAAGCAGUGAACUCAAAGCCCUCUGACGAGUCUGAAAAAAUCCAGCAGCAGUCCUUUAGUCAAAUUACCUUCCCUUUCUCCACUAAGCUGCUAGGAGCACAACCCAACCCUGAUAAAUCAAAGGGUUGUUCAGUUCUCUUUCCGACUUCUAAUAAGAAAGAAGAAACAAUCUUGGACAAGAUUAAAAUGAAUGGUCUUUUUCACUCUACUACUACCUCAUUGAGUAAUAGUACUUCAGUCUUGGAUCACGUCCAUACGUCAAGGGAUGUAGAUGAAUUGACAGGGACAAAUGCUGGAGAUUCUGACGAGAGCACAAAGAUGGUUAAUAAGGGACAAAGCGUUGAUUGUCAGCUCUCAAAUAUAUCACACUCAAAGGAUAGCCCUUUUCAAGGGUCAUCAAUCCUGCCAUACUGUGAAAUUGCUUUGCCAAACCAACUGGUAAAAGGUGUAGGUGACCAAAAAUCACUAGGUUCGCUUUUGACAUUUUAUCAAACACACUCCAGUUCCCAUCUCUUGGCCCCAAGAAAUAGGUCCUCCAAACCAUUUUUAGAAAGCGAUACUACCAAACUGUUGAAUCAGCUCUCAGAUACCGCCUAUCGCUUGGUAUCCAGAAGCUGUUCCUCGGCCGACUUGGACAGAUGGACUGGUUGCAGCAGAACUGGAUCCAAACUCAAACACUGUAGUGGAAAGAAACAUCACCUUCCUGGAUUUCCCGCUCUUAAAGUUGGAGAAACCCUUUCUUUUUCCUUCUUUGAGCGUGCAGGAGGGAUAUCCAAACACUGGCAGCCAAUUCUUGAGGACUUGAUACUUCCUGUCUCUCCUCGAUUGACUGGUACACUAGCUUGUCCUUCAGAUGCUUUACCUAUCCACCUGGAUAAAGACUCUGCAAGUUGUCCUAGCUUAUCUCAACUUCUUCGCCCCAUCAGUCCGCCUUUGUCUACUUUUAGCAAAGGGAGCUUCUCUGGGGCAGGUGUUAGUACCGUCCUGGCUUUAUCUUCUCCAGCUUCCUUCAGAAUGUGGUUUCGACACAGGCGGAUCAACUUUCCUUUUAUGCAGUUGUCACGUCCUGGUAUCCAUACGGUUGUGAGUCGGAUUUUGGGGAGGCGCAAGUGUCAUCCUUUUCGACCUCUGGUUGACUUCACAGCCCCACCAGGCGUAGACAACGAUCACCACUAUAUACGCCGAUCCAGUCAAGAAGCUACACCCAGCAGGAAAAGAGCUUCAGCACGGAAAGCCACCUCAUCCCUAUCAGUGUGUCAUGUGUCAAAACAUCGCCUCACACCAGAAAGGAGCCUAGAUCACCCCUCUCGACACAGUAUCAGCCCCAAAUCGGUGCGAUUGGAUGGAUCCCCCACUGAAUCUGUGGGGAAAUCUUUUGCUAUCGCCAGUGCAAAUGUCAAAUACCCUGGUUUGCAUAAUAGGGGCACAUCUACAGAAAUGAACCAGGUGGAGCUCUAUGAGACUAAUAGUGAAGCUCAAGGAGGUCAACGUUCCAAAAGGGUCUCUCAAAUUCGUAUUCGUAAGACUGUUCCCAAACCAGAUAACAACCUUACUCCAAUGGGACUCCCCAAACCAAAGAGGCUGAAGAAAAAGGAAUUCAGUUUGGAGGAGAUUUAUACCAACAAGAAUUACAAGUCUCCAACCCCUAACAGAAGCCUGGAGACGAUAUUUGAAGAACCAAAAGAGAAGAACGGCUCUUUGGUAUGCAUCGGUCAUCAGAAAAGAAAGCGAGUUCUAGACUUCCCAGAUUUCACACUGCCUCGGAAACGCAAGGCUAAAACUAACCUGGGUCCGCUGCGUGUGAAGGGGCCACGAGGAAGGGCUCGUAGGGGAAGACAGGACGACGUUGACCUUGAUGUAUUGCUGAUCGAGAAGCUCACAGAACUGGAAGACUACUUUUCUCGCCAAGGCCUGGAGGUUUAAGCUCUGUUUUUCACAAAUCUAUUCUUAGUUCUUGUGAACAGUUGAUCAAUUACCAAAAAUUUUGGUUUUAAUCUUUGCCUAAUCAAGGAAAGAAUUUGCGCUUCACACGCCAUUGUUUACAGAAAGGCUAGCAAUAGAGUGAAAAGAAAAAAAACAAAACAUUUUCUUGUAGCAUUUACAGUUGAAACUUAAAGCGUGUGAAGCAGGUUGACACAAAAGACAUUUGAGCUCUGUCUGUGUGUGUGUGUGUGUGUGUGUGUGUGUGUGUGCGCGUGCAAAUAAUAUAAGCACAUUAUAGUAAACCUUCACCUGAGCACUUUCUGAUUCCUCACAAUGUGACUGCUGCAACCUAGAUGUGUUUUUCUUGCAUUUGUAACAUAUUGCUAACUAACACGUUCCUAUCUGUCAUUUUCUGAUGAAAAAAUGAGUGUGGGAAUAAUAAUUAAUGAUCCAUUGGUUUAAGCCCUUCAAGGUCUCUGAAACAAGGAGGUGCUCAUCCUUGACUACUAAUGACCUAUGAAAUUGGCAGCUUAGAUUUGAUAAUUACAGUUCCAUUUUUGUUUUCCAUAUGUAUUUACAGCUUUAUAAAUAAAAAUACUAAGGGAUUUGUGGCCAAAAACAAGACUACAAAAAACUAUUUUAAGUUUUUCUUUUCUUUUAAAUAAAUCCUUUAAGGUACAGUGCUGUUUGAUCACUAUAUUCUUAGGAUGUGAUAUUUAUUCACCCUUCAUGUCAUUCCAAACCUGUAUGACUUUCUUCUUCACAAUGCAAAAAGAUAUAAAUAUCCAUAUAAUGAAAGUAAACGGAACCCAGCAUUGUUCUGAACCUUAUUAUUUGGACAAAAACAGUUGCAACAUACUUCAAAAUAUCUUCUUUUGUGUUCCACAGAAUAAAUUAAUUCAUGCAGGUUUGAGAUGAGAUGAGGGUGAGUAAAGAAUGACAGUAACUCAAUUU